AAAAACACUGUUGAUGCUUGAAAUACAUAAGCUAAAACCUUCACUUGAUCAAAUAUGUCACCGUCAGUGAUUAAAUAAAGUGAUGUUAUGUUAAAAAAAGAAAUCCUUGAGGGUGAAUUAGUCAUUUGAAACCCAAAGCUUUUAGGAUGUCACAAUCUCUGACUUCCUUGGUCACAGGAUGUGAGCAGUCAGGACGAAGCUGCCUGCAUCUCUGCAGUGUUUAGUCAUGGGCGUCAGGUGACAUGUAGCAGCUUCUUCAACCAAACAAGUUUACUGCAUUUCUCCAUAAAACAACUGCAAGCUUAGGUGUCAUUUCACUCUAAACAUAAUAACACUUAAUUUGUUUUAUUCCUCAGCUGUGGGCUCCUUUGGGAGACGUUUCCGUGUGUGAAUAUGGUGACAGCCAGCAUGUUCCUGACUUUCCUCUUUGUGUCAGGUGUUUUGGCUGAUUGUCAAAAGUCCUCUGCCCUAUUUAUUACUGCACCACAGACGAUGGAAGCACUGAGUGGAUCCUGUUUGCAGAUCCCAUGUACCUUUAGCGCUGAAUCAGAGCAAGAGUUUGACGGCAAAAGAGAAACCUUCGGAGUUUGGAUUAAAAGUGACUCCAGAUUUAGCAGAGAUUCAAGCAAUGUGAUCUUCAACAGCAGUAAAACAGUGAACAAUUAUCCAAUGAGAAUUACAGGAAACCUGAUUGAGAAAAACUGCACCACGUCUUUUUCCAGUUUACUCACAGGUUACACAGACAAAUACUUCUUUAGAGUUGAGAACAAACCCUUCAUGGCAACAGCUUCUUGUGAUCCUCUUCAGUUAACAGUUCGAGAUUCUCCUGCGAGCCCCAGAAUUGAGAUCUCAGGUGAUCUGAAGGAGCAGCAGUUGGUCACUAUUACCUGCUCGGCUUUCACUCCCUGUCCUCACUCCCCUCCUAAACUCACCUGGACUCUGCAACAAGACUCUCUCAAUGAAAAAGAGCAAAACAAAGAUGGAACCUUUACAACUAAAAUCAUGAAGAGCAUCACUCUGUCAGACCAACAUGAUGGAUUCAACAUCACCUGUUCUGCUGCGUAUCCUGUGAAUGAAGGCAAAGAUGUGAAGACAGCGGAGGAGAGAGAGACUCUCAGUGUUUCAUAUGCUCCUAAAAACACCUCAGUGUCCGUCAGUGUAUCAGGUAGCUGGGUGAACCUGACCUGCUCCAGCAGAGCCAAGCCUCCCGUCAGCAGCUUCACCUGGUUCAGGAACAGCGAAGAUGGAGCCAUGAACGUAUCUGAAGGACAGUUUUACAGCUUGAAUGUGACAGAUGGAGGAGUUUAUUACUGUGUGGCCAAAAAUGGUCUUGGUCAACAAAAGUCAUUGGAGGUUGAUCUGACUGCUGAAGGAGCAGAACAGCCUGGUAGCUCUUCACACUGGGGGGCAGCUGUUGGAGGGGUUAUCGGCAACAGUGUCCUCAUAUUUGUUGUUGUUGCUGUUUGGAGGUUAAAGUCAAAACAUCCAACUUCACAACAGGCACAGGGCCCGACAGGUGAAGAGCCUGCAGUUCAAGAGCGAGCCAGAGCAACAGAAAAAGAAGACAUCCACUAUGGAGAGAUCGACUUCUCCAGGAGGAGACCUGAAGUGUCCUCUUCCUCAGUGCAGGACAGUGGACAGCAGCAGGACAUGCUGUAUGCGCAGGUCAAAGCGUCCAAGCCAGCAAACAGCUCAGCACAGACUGCUGACGGGCCGGAGUCCAUCUAUGCUCAAGUGAAGAAAAAAUAAACGUAUGGAUGUGUCGUUAUUUUAAACAAGUUGCUGCAUUAUGCAAAGAAAUGCUCUUCACUGCCUGCAGUUCAUUGCAUUCUAUUUAAAAUGUGGCCUUUUGUGUAUUUUUUGUCAGUGCACGUGGGGUUUACAGAUCUCAGAAUCCCUUUUCCUCCAGUACACUGUUCCUGGAACUGUGUGUGAGUACAGUAAGAACAACUCAAAACCGUACUCAAAUUGCUUGUAUGUGUUCACACACUUGGCCAAUAAGGUUCAAUAUCAUUCUGGUUUAGCACACGUAGCUCAUUUCCUCAAAACAUUAACAUUUCUUCAUCAUACGUGUAUUUGUUUUUCAACUGAUGAUGCAGCUUAAGCAGUUUUUAACCCAGCAUUUCACACAUUAUGUCUACACGUUACCAAAAUCAUACCAUUUCGUCACAAGAAGUUUUAAAAAAGCAAGCGGAAUAGUUACUUGACUUCUGACAAACGCUUUUAUAUCAAGCUAAGACGGAAUAAUAGCAGCAAAGACUACUGUACAAACAAGCUGUGGCAUUUUAUUAUCAUAUGAAUAAGAUGAUGACCAAUAAAACUGUGAAAUAUUUGCAUGAUCUCAUUUGGUUGAAUAUAUGAUUCCUCCCACUUCUUCCUCUCUCACAGAUGUAGUCAGUAAGUGAGAAACUGGUUGUGUUUAACCAGGUUUUAUUUCUAAAGGUCAUGCGCAAUCCAGCACAUAUCGACAUAUAUACUGGAUGGAGGCCUCCAGGCAACGUGGGAUGUAUCAUUUUAAUGAGUGUUUUAGGGUUUGUCAAAAUGUGUUUACUGGUGCAGUGAAAGCUUUUUAAAUGGAAUGCGGUGAAUUCUAUUUCAAUUUAAAAUGUUCUCCAUAAGAUGCUUCUUUCUGCUUGAAGAGGAAGUGGGACAGAUUUCUUUUCCUGCAGUA